AUGGUACCGGACGUAGUUGUCACCAGUACUAGUCUGGAGACAAUCCCUCCUCGACCGCCAACGCCCCCGCGAGAGAAGCCAACCGAUCCUCACAAGCAGAACGAGAAACAGCUGCUCGCCCGCCCUUCCCUCGACCCAAGGCGGAGUCUCCAGACUCCUCCGGAUUACUCGCCAUAUUCCUCAGACUUGUCCAACCCGACCUCCCGGAGGACACGCAAAAAGGUUGGCUUUUCAAGCCAGGCAGACUAUUCCGACGCUCCGUCUGGCCGGUGUAUUGCAGGCACACCUGCUUCUACCGUCUCCACGGCCAGUCCAGCACAACCGCUCAAGUCCAUCCUCAAACCCUCACCUCCAACCAUCUCCAAUCCUCUUGAUCCCUCUGCCGGGACAGAUGAAGCGACAAGAAAUGCUACCAUCACCACAAUGCUCGAGUCCACUACAAAACAACUUGCGGGGGCUGACCGAGCCUCCAAGCUCGACGCAUACUCGAUGCUUGUACGGGCCCUCAAGACCUCGAAUAACUUGCCGGAUCGAAUCGCCCUACAGGAUAAGAUGGGUCUCUUCACUCAAUUCAUCCAACGGGAUUUGACCAUGGUUCAUGAAGAGAGUAAAGAGCUCGAUUCAUCGCUCUCCAAUCAUGCAUCGACACUUCUCAUCACCUUUCUCAACUUUCCCGCCAUCGCUUCUUCGAUAUCCAACGAUUUCAGAGUCUUCAUCAUCGAUCAUUGUAUCCGCUCUUUUGAUAAUGCCACUGUGCCCAAGGAUGUUGUAAGACAUCUGAUGCAGGUGGUUGCCUCGCAAGAUUUUCCUCCAAAGGUCAUGACAUCUGACCGUGUCGGUCGAUUGGUCUCAUCUCUCCAUCGCAUUGAAGAGCACAUGAAAGGAAAAAGCAUAAUCAUGUCUCGUAUUCUCAUAUACAGGAGAUUGAUUAAACAGUCCAAGCCGCACAUGGUGGUACACUCGGAUUGGCUGCUCGAUCUUUUCACUGAUCUGUUGAGCAGCAUCAAAGAGAUUCGGGCCUCAGCCAUUGCUCUCGGAUUGGAAGCUAGCUUCUCCAUAGCCAAGGAGAAGCAACUAUCGAGGCGUGUCAUGGAGAUCUUGGAGCUUGCAAUCGACGAGACAAAGUACAUCCAGUACUACGCUGGGCGGCUCAAGACCAUGCUCAAGUCGAAAGAUAAGAAUGAAUGCAUGGUGGUGCCACAAAUAUGGAGCGUCAUAAUACUGCUCAUGAGGUGUCCUGUCACCAAAUGGGACUUCUUUGGCCCGUGGCUUGAGAUCAUGCAGCUGUGCUUCAAUCAUGCCGAUCUCCAGACCAAACUCGAAGCAAAUUAUGCUUGGAACCGUCUGGUAUACUGCAUGCAGCUCAAUGAUCAGUCUUUUGCCAAAAUCAUUGCAACCAUUCGCCAGCCCUAUGAAAGUCAGUUGAGGCGAAAGAAGUUGAGUGAUGAGCUGCGCAAGGUUGUCAUUGGCAGUCUCUGUAAUUUAUAUUACUACUCCUUCAAACCCAACACCAGCUCGGAUCAUAUCAGCAACUUUUGGGACUCUUGUGUUCCUCAGUUGAUGGCUGCCAUGGUGAGCCCGGCUACAAACUCAAAGAAAACAACGCAAACGCAGUCUGCUUGGCCAGACCAGUUGCCUCAAGCUAUUCAGAUUAUGGCAGCAUUGUUAAAUUCGACAACGCCGAGGAUUUGGAAGGAAGAUCGUAUCGCAGAUUCACCUCUGGUCAAAUUCGCUGAGCUACCUGCUCUGGAUCCGAAAUGGGUCCGACGGAACGCUUCCAAGGUCUUUUCUGUCCUCGAACCCAUGUUGACCAAGACGUUCUUGGACCUCGCAGACCCGACGUCGGCUACAGCUAGGCUCUGGCGGUCCCUAGUCAAUUCUGUGGCAUUAGCUGCAAGCAAGGAAAUCAAAGUCUCGUCGGACACAGCUGUAUUCAUGGCGCAUGCUUUCACCUUUCUUCUGCGAAUCUGGUCCCACGGACUCUCGGGCCUCACCACUGAAGACCAAAGCUGGAGUCGCUUCUAUGACGCGGUUGCUACGUUGGUCAAUGAGCUCAUUGGUUCUCUAGGUAUUCUACCUUUCACGGAAAGGCAGCUCUCCAUUGGAAACCAGAAUACUUUCCUCCCGGUGGCCACCCCGUCACAUCGUGCCGGAAAAUCUCAAGGAAUGACUCGAACGCCACUGCUCCAUCUUUUCUCUAUUCUGUCGUCGCUCCCGGGUGGUGCCCCUGACGACGAAAGUCUCCUAGACCUCCUCCGAACAAUCUUCACUCCCCUCAUAUCGACGAAACCACCAAAGGCUCGAGUCGAACUUGGCCGUGAGCUCAUGGACUGCAUGCCCAUGGGUACCCUAUCACCUUUUGGGCCUUGGAUCUUCGUUUCUGAGAUCUUCGAGUCAUCGGUCGAAGUGUGCCAAACGAGUGAGUCAACACUCAGCGCCGGCAGCCAGCCUCCUGUCGGACCAGAGUAUCGGGAAUUCGUCAAACACCUCGAAAGAGGCCUACGCUCGACACCAAAGCUUCCACGGGAAAACUGGCUAUCACUGUACAACUUCAUUGCGAGCCAGACUAUCGAGGAAACGGGAGAGGCCGGCUGCGCAAUUGCUCUCAUUGAACCCAUGGCCAAGUGUGUGUUGGAUCUCUUGGGAAACAAACCGAGUUCUGGACACACGAUUUACCUCUUUCUAUCUGGGAUCGGCCUGAUAUCGGAUGCGCGAUAUCCAAGAGACAAGGCCGCCAUUGAUGCCGCUCGGCGUAGGCUUUGGGGAACAUCCAUAUCUGGAUCGCGAUCAGCUACCUUUGAUCCUUUCGAUCAUUUGUACAAGCUCAUCAAUCACCUUCUUGUUGAUUCCUACCAACACUAUCAAGAACGAAACAGUAGUGGAGUUGUGGCACCAUUACUGAACGAAGUCGCCACUUUCCUCGCAAAGUGCAACAAGCUCUUGGUGUUCAAGUCUUUGGUGCACCUGCAAACCGGCAUUGGACUUUGGAUCCAGGACAAAGAAGUGCGAUAUAGCAGCCGACAAUCCCCUCACGUAUCUGAUGCUGUCAAAUCCCUCUGGAACUGUAUUCGCAACAUUUUCAUCCUGGCUGAUAAUCUGGACCAAGUACAACUUGACACCAUCGAACCCCUCCUAUGUUCGGCCUUUGAGAGCAGGCACAAGCAUAUCGUCAACGGUGUCGCUGUCAUGUGGAACCAGGCAUUCUGCGAAGCCGAGGAGGUCAUCUAUCCAGAAAAACUGAAGGCAACCCUGUUGUCACUUCGCCCUCAUGUCGACAUUGUACUUCCUGGGAUUGAUGUUUCUAGUCUCGAGUCCAGCGGCCUGCAGCCCCAGUUCAUUGACUCCCAAGAUGAGACUGACGCUGCUGUCUCGUCAAUCACGCCAGCCCAUAAAGCUACACCACCAAUUGAUCGCCGUUUGUCAUCGAGACGUUCAAAGUCCAAUACUCCAACGCCAAUCCAACUUUCCGUAGCGAACCACCGAUCGGUACAGAGUACACCCACCAGUGCUCUUACCAAGACCAGGCGUGGUGCAGCGGCAAGACUGCGGCACGAUGAUUCUCAGAUUCAAUUUGCUGCCAUUGAAUCUUCAUCUCCUAUCCGAAUUAAUGAUGAGUCCCAAGUAUUGACCGAACGGCAGAAGGAGAUCAAAGAGCGACAACGGAACACUGCUGCCCUCUUCCCAGAGAUGCGGUCAAGUGGUGAAGUACCAAGUAAAAAGCAGCAAGAAAUUGAUCAGGAUGACGGUCCAGACGAGUCACAGAAUGAGAAGAUUGUCACUCCCAAGUCACAUCGCAGUUUUGAAGACUAUGUCUCAUCAACUCCGACCCCGCGACGCGGACAGGCUUCUCUCAUUGAUGAAAAUGAUCAGGAAAUGACGGAUGAUAUCCCCUCUUCGCCCCCCGAUCCUCGACGCUAUCCGCUUGUCCCGGAAAUUAUCCAAGCACAGUCUAGCAGCAGCAGUGUUUUGGAUGAAUGGCAGUUCACGUCGUCCCCGAUUUCUGGCUCACCUCGGAUUGAUCAGACAAUCGCCUCAGUUCGACAGGUGAAGAAUAAUCAUGCGAAUCAGCAGUCUUUGGUGGAUAACUCGCGCAUGUUGGGCAUUGAGAAAGCUGCGCCAAUUGUAUCUGAUGAUGACUGCGACCAUGCCGACAUUGAAGAUGAGGGCUCUGAUGCUCCAAUGAUUGAUAACGACCCCGUGGGGCCCGUGUUGUCGGACAAUCAUCAAAAGGCCUCAACGCCGCCUAACGCACGCAGCAUCAAGGUUCAAGAGACACCAAAAUCGGACCAUGAAGUUUUCGUCGAUGCACUGACGAGCCCUGAACCACAAACACCUCGAGCUCAGCGAGCGUUGGCCAGGGCUGCACAAGCCGCAGCUGUGCAGACGGAAAAGGCAGUCUCAUAUCAAAACCCAUCUUUCGACGCCAGCGAUGUUGAUGAACGCAGUCUUCUGCGACUUGUUGUCGAGCUCGACUCGCGCAAGUGUUCACCACUCCCUGAUGGUCCUGAGAGAAGACUGCUGAAAGCUUCUCAUGCAGGGCUCUCUGACGAACGAGGUGGCUCUCCAGUGCUGGAUUGCAUAACAGUCAGCGCUGAUGCGGACGAAUCGAGAAAAUCAGAUGACUCUAGACUCGAGGCGACCUCUUCAGUUAUACCUUCAACGCCGUUUGAGGCUAGCUCGUCACGCGAUGCUGGUCGCAAAUUCAAGAGAAAGCGAAAGCGAACGAGCGACACAUCUGAAGAGGCGAACAGUAGGAAACGCAGAUCAAGCCAGGACAACAAGCGGGGCGCUGGAGCGGUGCCUAGCAGCCAACUUACGCAGGCCAAUGAUAGCGCUUCGUUGGAGUUAUUCGAGACUUCUGGUGGAGAACGACAAACAAGCUCCUCGCAAGAAUCUUUUGCAAAUAGGGAUGACGAAACGACAGAGGUACCGCUUGCGUAUACGCAUGGGGAUGUCGAUACGUCAAUAGAUGAACUUGAGGCUGUAAACCUGCAAAUUGUGCAGGAAGCCUCGCAGAAUACAGACCAGGGAGCUGCAGCAGAGCUGGAGACGAUGGGGCCUGUACCUGCGGCCAUGGAAAUUGAGACUAGCACAGAUGGGCAGAAUGAGGGAGUGGUGGCAGAGAGAGAUUUCGAAGAUGCGGUUAAGGCCGUCUCGGUGGACCAAGUGGAAGUUCCCAAAGCAACAUUUGAACUGUCACCCAUGGAGAAAAUUAUGGAGGCCCUGAAAGCUGGUCUCACAGAACUACGAACAGCCACCCUGACCCGAGAUGAGGUCAACAAGGUGGAGGAUAUGUUCAUGGAUAUGAAAAGGGAGCUAUACGGUGCUGAGCUUCGAGGACGCAAAUGA